UGCAUCGGCCAACCUUCGCGGCACCACCCAUUUCUCGAGCCAACCUUUGAGGUAAUGAAAUAUCCAGUCGUGACUCCCAUCCAGCGGGCGACCUGUUUACCUCUCUCUCUCUCUCUCUCUCUCUCUUCUCUUACCGUCCCUUCUCCCCCGCCUAUCCAAGCAGAGGACCUUGAAGAAGGUAUUGCACCAGUCGAUCUGUUUGAGGAAUCAAUCAUACCGGCCGUUUCUGGCUUUUUGGCUUUUUGCCUGUUCCUCUGUGCAUCUGUCUGACUGCCAUUGUCCACCUUUAAACCACCAAAACCUACACAGCUUCUCGAUUCCGGCUUCAAUUGGCACACGGCCGGCCUCGUUCAUCCUUUCUUCUGCCUCAAAAGCGGAACUGGCACGACUCAGCCAACGGGGCUCCCGUGAUAUAUUGGCCAAGCCCUCAUUCAAACCCAUAACACUGAUUCCCCCUGACCACGCUGUGUGAGAACUGGCGGAAAUGUCUCGAAACAAUUCCACCACCUCCCUCCUCCAGGGCUUCUCUGUCUUCCAGCCCACGCUCGGAGCUACUCUGCAAUGGCUCCCGGCUCUCGGCUCCAAGGAGCUUGACAACAUGAUCAAUGCUUUCUUCCCCGGCUCGUGUUCGAUCCAGGACAAGCGGGCCCACAUCUCGAUGGAUUUCUUUGAGUACUCGCGGCAGACCGGCGAGAAGUUCAAAUUCUAUCCUGUCCUCGCCGACUCUCACAGCUCCACUACCGCUCCUUCCCCCGCCAGCUCCAGUGCAAUGCACGAUUCUGGUUACGGGUCCAGCUUCAAUCUCUCCCCAGUUGCUGUCUCCGACAUGAGCCCUUGGGUCUACCCGCUCUCUUUCACACCUGCCCCGACUACGUCCCAGCCGCGGACAAAUUCACGAUCGUCCCCUAAGAAGAAGUCCGCUGUCCCCAGCUCCCAGCAAGCCGACUUCUCCAGCCUCCCUGGCAUGCGAAUCAUGACCAAGGAUGGUCGCGAUGUCACCAACUCGGCAUCCAGAGGCUGCAAGACCAAGGAGCAGCGGGAUCACGCACACCUCAUGCGCAUCAUCAAGGCGUGUGACUCCUGCCGGCGGAAGAAGAUUCGCUGCGACCCCAGCCACAAGAAGCGGAACGCAUCCCAGGCCCAGCCUUCUCAGCCAGUGUCGAGGCCGGCAAAGAAGGCAAAGGUCACUGUCCACGACAAGCCGUUGGUGGACUUUGGAUCUGCCGGCUUGAGCUUACUUGUUGCGGAUCCAAGCUUAGAGCUCGAUCUCGCCUCUGCAGAUCUUGCCUUGCAGAGCUUUGCCGACCCGGCCGACGAUCUCUGGGAGCAAUUCGUCUGCUUCGGUCAAGAGACGCCCUUGUUCUCUGACAAUUACGACUUCUUCUCCGAUCCUGCUGGCCAUCUUUCUUCCAGCAGCGGGUCGUCUUCGACUUCCCCGUCACAACUAUUCACACCCUCCACCCUUAUUCCAUCGGCGGCGGCCUGUGGGCUACCUCCCGGGUCGCCGAGCCUGGAGCCCACUCUGCCGUAUCUCAACCCUGAUGGCCACGGAUCCAGCUAUGUCGACUUCAACCUCUAUUCGCCUGUUUCUGAUUUCUUGGACGAAGAGCUCCAACCGAUGAGGAAACCACAGACUGGGGCAAGAGGCCAAGAUGGGCCCAGUUAUUCCCUGGCAUCAUGUGGUGAGAUGGAACCGAAUCCUGGGACGACCAGCCUGCAUGACCCUGUUCCCGGGGACGCGUCACUGCAAGUGGGACGACUGAGGCUAGAUCACGGCCUAUCCCGGUCGUCCCACCUGCCUUGCUCGGUUCAUGAUCGCUCUGCACCCGCCUCAACGGACCAGCGUAUGGGCAGAGAACAACACGGAGUAGUUCCUUCCCUCGGUCAGACUCGACCACAGCUAUCACCAGACGAUGCAAGCCUCAGGAUCGGCUCGGGUGUCCGCGCGGCCGUGGACUGCCCCAUUGGCCAUGCUUCUGAACAACUCUUCGCCGGCGCCCAAUCUACGAGUCCUGUCGUCCAACAAUACUCUGCCACUGCACCGUGGCCGUCACCGAUCCUGGUUCCUCCACCUCCGCUACCCGGGAACAGUUCGCCACGCUCCAGUGAGGGCAUGAACAACACUGUUGUCCGUGUUCAUGGUGUCCACAGUUCAAUCCGAGACAGUACAAACCGUCCGAGAAUGGAAACACAGGCACCGUUGAGGAUACUCCGGUGCACACCGGCGUCAACGUCCGCAAAUACAGCCAGCGGGAAUGGCCUUGGAGUCCCCGGAAACCGUCACCAUCACAACCUGGCAGGACAGCACACAGCUUGGUCGCAUCCAACUCCUCCCACAGAAGGAUCCCCCGUUUCGGGACAAUCGCCUUCACGUGGGACGAAUGUUCCCUCACGCCAUGGCACUUCAUUAGCAGUUUCCGGUGCUGGUUCCGUGUUGGCCCACCAGGCGUCACGCGGAUCUCUGACCGACAACUACCAUCUCCAUGACGCCUCGGAUGCCGUCCGAUUCGGGCUGGAACCCACUGCGGGAGAGUCUCUUAUGGACUACUCGUGCCCACUGCUGAGCGGCCUCGUGGUGGCUCUUGCUCUCCUCUACCAGCUGAUGCGACAUGUUCUUACCAGAGCAACACAGGCCGUCAGCAAACCUCUUUCGAGCGGUCUGCUGAUGUCCAUCUCGUUCUGCCAUGUCCUCAUAUCUGGUCUUGUCUGUUGUCUAAAGGUAUCUGAUACUGACUCGCAAAAUUUGGGCCGCUGGUCCAACUUCCUCGUCGCCAUUGCCCUGGGAGGCGCCAUCUUACUCGCCUGCGAUUCCCGGCAACCCAACUCCACUGCACAGCGGCUGUGUGGCCCUGCCAACAACCGCUCAACGAUCGUCAACGCGAGUCGCAUUGUCGAACCGAAAAUCCAGAAGGUGUUGAUCCCUCUCCGGCGUUUCCAAUCUGCCUCUACGAAGCAGUUGGUGAAGCAAUUGGCUCAGCUUGGCUCCAUCCAGUCGGCAGGGUUCUAAAUCCGAGAGCGUGACCGGUUACUGCAAUUGCGGGCAAUUGAAGCGCACCUCGCUGAUGGUUUAUUUUCGAACGCGAGUCUAUUUCCUUGAGAUACCCAAACUUGUUCAAGAGACAUGUUGUCAUCCUCUCUCAGCUGUUGUAUGUACGUGUACUAGGUGUGAUACGCUUGGGAGCGCCGUUUGUUCGGCGAUGUAGCGGCGAGGGGGAUGAGCUGGUUGGCCAGCAAGGAAUUGCCUGGGCAACGCCUAGGGUUGCCCAUGGAGGUAGUUGGGUUUGAUCUGGUUUGGAUCCUGCUAGGUAUCUGAUCGGGAAUACAAAUCCUUGGUGGCCAGCGUAAAAA